AUGCAAUCUAAAUUUGAUGCGCUUAUUCGAAAUAAGAUGUGGGAUUUAGUUCCUCGUCCUUGUGAUGCUAAUCUUAUUCGAUGUAUGUGGAUUUUUAGGCAUAAGGAAAUUUCUGAUGGCUCCUUUGAGCGUUAUAAGGCUCGUCUUGUAGGUGAUGGCAAGUCACAGGUUGCAGUAUCUCGUCAUCCUGAUGGUAUAUUUCUCAGUCAAAGCACUUAUGCAUCAGAGAUCAUUGAACGUGUUGGCAUGGCAUUUUGUAAACCAUCAACCACUCCUGUUGACACCAAGCAGAAACUCAGCACCUCCUCUGGCACUUCUUAUGAGGAUCCCUCCUUGUAUCGGAGUCUUGUAGGGGCCCUACAAUAUCUCACCUUCACUCGACCUGAUAUAUCAUAUGAUGUUCAACAAGUUUGUCUUCACAUGCAUGCCCCUCGCACGGAACACAUGCUCGCUCUUAAGCGCAUUUUGUGCCAUGUUCAGGGCACCUUACAUUUUGGACUACAUUUAUCCCCAUCUUACAUUACAAAGAUUAUCUCCUACACUGACGCUGAUUGGGGUGGAUGUCCUAACACAGACGUUCUAACAUCUGGGUACUGUGUUUUUCUAGGUGACAACCUUAUUUCUUGGUCUUCCAAAAGAUGGUUGACCAAAUGUUACAUAUUGAUGUAUAUAGAUUCUAUUCAAAUCAAUGAGAAGGACACAAUUUCCAUUAUCUUACAGGCUCGACUGAGACCAAAUGGAUACUACGUUUCAGAUGCCUCCAGAUUAGUAACCGAAAGAAUUGAUUCAUUGGUUAACUCAGCCCGUGAAGUAUUGUCUAACUAG